AUCUAGACCUUUCAUAAUUGUGUAUAGUUUAAAUGUUGAAGUAGCCGUGACACAGAAAAUCCAGACAGACGUGCAAAUAGUAUGCUAAUUUUUAGUCGAGCAAGUAGUAUCCAAACGUUUUCUUAGUCGAAUACUACUUUCAGCGGAAUAUAUACAGAUGUUGUUCGUGAACUCUCUCAGACAUUUCAUAAAAUGUUUGCAAAAUCCCUUGUAAUCAAAUAGGCUUCUUUCUUGGAAAAAGAGGAUGCGAUUAAGUGACGUCACGUAAAACCAACGCUCAAACAACGCCUUUUAGUUUAGUUGUUAUUCGCGUCAUACGAUCGUAGAGUCCUCAAGUUUUGACUCUUAUCCUUGUGAAACAAUUGUAAAACAACUCCGAAAAGGCCGACGACUUUGAAGAGACUAAGGAAGUUCAAGAUGAGCCGCAGAGUCACUUUCACUUGGCUUGUGCUUUAUUUUAUUGCUGUAAGUUUACCCUGGAUAGAAGGCCAGUUUCCUAGGGCUUGCGCAACGCUCGACAGCCUGAAGAGCAAAGAGUGCUGUCCGAUCCCAAAGGGCUUCAGUGCGCCUUGCGGUAGCGAUGGCAACAGAGGCACGUGCCAGGAGUUAAUGAUUCGUGAAUGGAAUUUUACCUACAGUCAUUUCAAGACAUUCCAGUUGCAAGACGAGCGUCACGACUGGCCAAAUGCCCUCUACCACAAAACCUGUAAAUGCCAAUCAAACUUCGCCGGUUAUGACUGCAGCAAGUGCGAGUUUGGUUACUAUGGUAACAACUGCACCCAAAAGAAGACCCUGACGAGGAAGAAUUUUGCCAAAUUGUCAGCUGAGGAGAAGGAUCGCUACAUGAGAUACAUCAACAUGUCCAAGUACUUUAUAACUGAUUAUGUGGUGACUUCGACUCCCUAUGAAGAGAUCAACAGAACCGUGCAAGCUGGCGGAGACCCCGCGUCCUUGUUUCACAACAUCACCAACUAUGACCUGUUCGUGUGGAUGCAUUAUUACGCAGCACGUGACACAAUUCAUCCAAACAACAAAACAGAUUCAGCCAUUGACUUUGCGCAUGACGGCCAGGGAUUUCCUUCGUGGCAUCGACUGUACAUGCUUGUCUGGGAAAGAACCUUGCAGGAAAUUGCAAGUGAUGAUAAUUUUUCCCUUCCUUUCUGGGAUUGGACCACAAAUAAAGAUGAGUGUGAUCCUACCAUUUGCUCCCAAAAUUUACUUGGCGUGACACAACAAGAAGACGGCGUAGUGAAAGGCAAAUAUUUUAAAGAUUGGUACGUCAUUUGUACCGCAGAACAAACCAAUAACCUCUUGACAAUGUGUGAUCCUACAAUUCGGCAGCCCGGAUUGGAACGUUCGACGAAGAAGGAAAAUGAAAAUAAAGCCAAGACCCAAGGAUACACAAUGACUUUUCCAAGCAAAGACGAAGUCAAUUUUGCUCUCCGCUUUGAAACCUUCGACCAACCGCCUUACAGCAAAGAGUCGAGCUGCAAUUUCAAAAACAUCCUUGAAGGUUACGCCAGUACCAAGACUGGAUAUCGUUUGCCCAACGUCCACACCUUGCACAACCAGGUUCACAUCGUCGUCGGGGGAGCCAUGGGAGAUGUACCCUCAGCAUCCAAUGAUCCAAUUUUUCCUCUCCAUCAUUCUUUCGUGGAUCGCAUCUAUGAAAAGUGGCUUCGCAAGCACAACAAAGACGCCUCUGUUCUUUCAGUCUCGGACGCACCCAUUGGCCAUAACAAGCACGACGUCAUUGUGCCAUUGUUCCCAUUGUACACCCAUCAGCAGAUGUUCAAGAAGUCUUCUGAGUUCGGUUAUGAAUAUGAGGAUGUGGACGAAAAUGGUAAAUCUUCUGAUGAUGAAGAUGAUGUGGAGCCAUUGGUUUUGGGACAGUGCCCGGUACCUUGCCCUGAAGUUUCUGCAGUGCCAAGCAUGCAAAUAUGUUUGUGGUUGAUGGUAUCCAGUCUAGCAUGGGAGUUGUUACUGGCUGAUUAAGGAUCGCGAGUAGUAUAGAGUAGAAUCGUAUAGAGUAGAGUAGAAUAGAGCCAAGCAAAGUAGAGCAGAGCAGAACAGUGUAGAUCACAGCGGAGCAGAGUAAACUAGAGCCGGCAGAGAAGAGUAGAGUGGAGAAUUAAGAAGAGAGAGGAGUCGGCAGAGUAGAUAGAGUAGAGAAGUAGAGCAAAACGAGAAGAGUAGAACUGAGCAGAGCUGAGCAGAGCAGAGCAAAGCUGAGUAAGAUAGUGGAGUCGGCAGAGAAGAGUAGAGGAGAGAAUUAAGGGGAGAGAGGAGUCGGCAGAGUAGAUAGAAUAUAGCAACGUAUUGCAAAGAAGAGUAGAGUUGAGCAGAGCAGAUUAGAUCAGACAAGACCGAGGAUUUCAAAGAUGUUCAUUUUACUGUUUUAAUCUGAGCAGAACUCCAGGUGAAUUCUAUAAACACGAUGUAUAAGGAACCCCGUAAGACAACCUACAGAAAGAACCUUUUCUUAUCCUUUUGAAGCCCUGAUAGGAAUUUUUAUUUAGAACUUGAUAUCAGUAAUCCUUUAAAAGUCCUUCACUCCUUUGUGAUAUACCUCUCGUUAGGCAAGUCUUUUUCUUACCUUGCUUCAACGAAUAUAACAAAGAAGUUACUCGUUUCACGGAACCUCAGUGCAGUGUCUUGUUUUAGAACCAAAUUCACUUAACUGCAGCCAGAGUGAAUCAGAAAUUCUGAUCCAUUUUAGUGUACUUUCUUUCAUUGAUACAUGCAAAAAGGAGCCAUUUGCCUCUCUCGUAUUGCGAGAGAGGUAAAUAGCUCCUUUCUUCAUUAGUAUUGAAUUAGCUUUGUGUGUUUUGUCCAUAGAGUUUACGCCAGUGGUAGCUCGCUCAUUAUAAAUAGAAUAAACACUACAUACCUUAUUUGGUUUCAUUGCA